CUUAGAUCAUUGAACGGAUACUAUAAUAGAAAAAUAUAAGUAACACGGUUUCAUUUAUUUUUCUAUUCUUUUCUCUCAACUCUCACACGGAUACGGCAAGCAAGCCUAUAAAAGUAGGAACAAUAAUUAAAUAUUAGUAGUGUGCAAACAAAAACGAUAAUCUAAAAAUUUAACCCUACAUGUAAAACUAGUUCGUUCAAUUCAUUCGUUCCGUUCAUCCGGCGUCUAUAGAUGUGGCCUAUAUAGGUAGUCUAGCAAACGACGCGCCGCGUCAUGCCAGACUACAGACGUUUACGUCAGCUAUCUGCGUCUCGCUCAAACCUCAUUCAUUGAGGCUCAGAGAAGGGAAAAGAACGCAUUUACUGGUUCAAAAAUUAAAUAUUAUUUGUUAUUGUACCUCGGGUAGCGGCAUUUCUGUGAUUGCUACUGUUUCAACUUGAAUAUGUCUGGAUAUCCUUACAACAACCAAUCGGGGUAUUACCCCGGCCAACCCGGGUAUCCUGGUCUGCCACCUCAAGGGGCGCCGGCUCCUGGGGCCCCCUACCAGUAUGGGUUCAACCCUUACUUGCAGCCUGGACAGGUGCCUGGCCAGCAUAUUGUGCAGCCUCCAAUAACCGCGAUGUCGUACCCAGGGAUGGCUGGUGCCCCGCCGAGUGCCCCGCCUCAAGGGUACCCGUACCCUGGGUAUCCAGUUGCCCCUCAACAGCAUACCUUUCCUCUAGCUGUGGAAUGGAUACCAAGCAACACGACCUCAGCGCAGUCUCUAGCUGACAGGGCCGUGGUGGCAGGGUACGAAGGUCAUGAUGGUAGCCCGCUCUGGGUCAUCAGGGCCAGGUUCGAAGGUGACCUGAUCCCUGGCAAGCUUGCUAUCAAACAUAGGUCGGCGUACGUCCCUUGGGGCGGGAAGGAAAACCCUGUGCAGAACUUUGAGGUCUGCUGCGCUCGUCCAGAAACAGUGAGGUGGAUCGAAAGCCGCGACGGUAAUGUACCGCCUAAUGGGAUCGCAGCGGGCAACACUGACCAAGGGGAGCCUCUGUACGUCGGCAGAGCCAAGCAUCAGGGGUCGUUGACCCCGGGCAAGAUCCAGCAAAGCCACAAAGUACUGUACAUCUCGUUUGCUGGACAAGAAAUCCCUCAUACUGUUUACGAAGUCUUGUGCACAGCUUAAAAAUACCUUAUACUGUCAAAGUUUGCAAUAUACUUACAUUUAAAAAAAGCUAGACAAACUGGCAUGAUAGAAUAUUGUUUGAACAAAAAAUAGGUGCAUGAGAAAAAAGAUACAUUGGUUUUGAUUAUCUCAUGUCAUUUUUUAUCGUUAUUUUUAUUUUUUAUUCUAUUUUGCGUACAUAUUAUGGACUUUUGUAUAUUAAUCUUUUUGCAUUUUUGUCGUAUUUGUUAUUCUAAUAUAUUUUUGAAAUCUCGUUUUUGUUAUUGAUGAGAUAUUUUACAGGUAAUCUCAAAGAUACUAGAUUUGUGAAUGUGUGUGUAAUAAGAUUCCAUUUGUAUGUGUAUAUUACAGUUUAUCUCAUAACCGGUCUCUGAAGUAAUUUAGUUAUAAGAACAUUAUAAUUAUCCAGGGUACUUGAUAUUCUUCCUAGUAUAUAUUCCAAAAUGCAAUUUUGCGAUGGAAUGGAUAAGGCUGUAUACAUAAUGUUAAUACGUCGUGUAUUACAUUACUUGUUCUUACAAAUAAAUAUUUUUUAAUUUCA